CCAGGCCUGAGCCCCCCGUGGCCACAAUCGUGGAUCCGUACCCUGACCCGCUGAGCCUGGAGUCACCUGCACUGCUGCUCCUGCGGAGCGCAGUGCGGAGCCUGGGGCCACCGCAGCAGGACGUGGAGACCAUGACACGGGAGCAGGCCCUGCUCUACCUCUUUGUGCUCCAUGACCACGACCAGAGCAGGCGCCUGGAUGGGCUGGAGCUGCUGCAGUUACUUGGCACGGUGCUGGCACAGGCUGGGGGGCAGCCAGACCCUGACACGGUGGCUGCCCUGGUGGACCAAGCCCUGGCAACGCAGGACCGGAAUGGGGAUGGGCUGCUGGACCCCUCUGAGCUGCUGGACCCCCCUGAGGUGCUCUUGCCUGGCCAGGAUCAGGGACCCCCAGGACAGCCCCCCCUCGAGCAGCAGGCAGGGGCUGGGGCUGGGCCUGGGGGGAGCGCAGCGAUGCCCAGGCAGGACCUGGAGUUGAGAAGCCCAGGACAGGCAGCCACUGAGGCUGGAGAUCCCAAGGUGGAAUCCCUCAGCGUGGAAUCUCCCAGUGCUGAGGCCUUGGAGGCAGAAGUCAUCCCUGAGGCCAAAGCCCCCAGUACUGAUGCCACAGAGGAAGAGGAAGCCCCUGAGGAUGAAGCCCCUGAGGAGCAGGCAGCCCCAGCCUGGAGGGACCAUGGGGAGGGGUAGGCAGUGGGGACUGUGGGAUGCAAUGCCCUGACUGCUCCCCGCCCUCCUCAGGCCAGAGUGGCAGGGGGAUGCCCCAUGGCCAGGCUGCUGGGCCCAAGGAGGGCUGGGUUCAUGUGCUCCCCUCUGUCAUGCAUCGGAUGAGAAAUAGAGGCACUGCUGGUGA